CCUGUGGGUCACCGGCAUGCUGUAGGGUUUUCGUUCUUCGGUUCCUGAUCUGGGCCUGCUUUUCUUCCCUUCUGUCUCACCUGUCUGCCCGGAUCCGGAAAGGUCUUCUACUUGAAGAGAGAUUCAAUGGCGGACGCGAAUGAUCGCCGUGAAAAACCGGAGCAGGAGGAAAGGUUGAAGUAUCUGGAGUUCGUGAAGACCGCUGCGUCGAAGGCGGUGGUGUGCGUCUCGGGUCUCUAUGGGAGCGCUAAGAAGAACUCGGGCCUGCUAAGGCCGGGGGUGGAGACCGUCGAGGGGACCGUCAAGACGGUCGUCGGCCCCGUCUACCAGAGCCUCCACACCGUCCCUCUCCAACUCCUCAGCUUCGUCGAUCGCAAGGUCGACGAAGCGAUCAGCAAGGUGGACGGGCGCGUGCCUCCCAUUGUAAAGGAAGCCUCCAGCCACGUUUGCUGGGCUGCACAAAAGGCUCCGGCUGUGGCUCGGGAGGUGGCAACGGAGGUCCGGCGGGAUGGCGUCGUCGGGGCGGCCAGCGGCCUCGCCAAGACCGUCUACUUCAAAUGCGAGCCGGUAGGCAAGGAGCUCUACGCCAAGUAUGAGCCCGUAGGCAAGGAGCUCUAUGCCAAGUAUGAGCCGGUGGCCGAGAGGUAUGCAGUGACCACAUGGCGAACACUCCACCGGCUCCCUCUCUUCCCUCAGGUAGCGCAGAUCGUCAUCCCGAGCGCAGCCUACUGGUCAGAGAGAUACAACGACAUAGUCCGCUCCUCAACAAACAGGGGCUACGCCGUGUCGUCUUACCUGCCUGUGAUCCCCACUGAUAAGAUUGCCAAAGUGUUCGGUGAACGUGAGCACGCUUCAGGCGAGGGCGUCGGAGGCACUCAAUGAUGUCAGCGUCAACGACGGUCCUCUUACCCUGAUCUCUUGCAUGCCCAUCUACAUGGCUGGCUGUUACUUGGGACCGUGGGUUCGGUACGAUAGCCUACGCAGUAGUUUGCUUCUGUUGUUUAGCUUCUGAAGGCAUCUGCCUGCAGAAAACUUGAAACUUUUAGGUUGAUUAUCACAGUAUUAAAUCGUCGAGUUGUUUUACAA